UUGCAUUACCAUGGACAAACCGGACACCCUGAUCCUCGUGGCCUUAUGCUAAUUAUAUACAUUUUUAAUCCGUCGUGAAGUCACAUUCGCCACUUCGAGCUCGGGGUCAUUAUCGAGUAUCAUCCGAUUAUGGCUAGCACAAGCAACAAAACCAGGGAAUUAGGCGUCUUGGCCAAAUUUUAUUUACGAUCCUAUAACCUUAUCCAGGUUUUAGGAUGGAGUGUGAUAUUACAUUUGAUGAUACAUUAUGACAGUGCGACGUCGCUUAGUUUAUGGGAGACGGUUAAACCUUAUGUAAUUGUAUUUCAAAAUGCUGCUGCAUUAGAGAUAAUCCAUUCGGCAACGGGAUUAGUUCCUUCCAAUCCUUUAAUAACAACAUUUCAAGUUUUAAGUAGAGUCGUUGUAGUGUGUGCAGUAAUAUUAGCGACACCAUCUACCUAUGCAGCUGCCUCUCCAGGCCUUCCACUAGCUCUUACAGCUUGGUCGAUAACGGAAAUUAUUCGAUAUAUGUAUUACUUUUUAAAUCUCAUUGGAUAUGUACCUUACUUUGUUACAUGGCUUAGGUAUACCACAUUUAUCAUACUUUAUCCAGUUGGCGUAACGGGUGAACUUUUGUGCUUUUAUGCAGCUCAGAAGUACGGUGGCAUUAAUCCAAAUGCAUGGAGUUAUUUGUUACCUAAUGCUUGGAAUUUUACAUUUAACUACCGCUGGUUUUUGUUGGCAGUUAUGCUACUAUAUAUUCCACUUUUCCCACAAAUGUACUUGCAUAUGUUUGCUCAGAGGCGUAAAAUAUUAGGUCCAACCACGUCUAUGCCUAAGAAGAUUCAGUAAAUGCAAGGGAACUGCAUUAAUGUUGAUAAUUAUUUUUCCAUCUACAAAGGUACAAAUCGGACGAAAUAAAAUAUUGUAUUGGAUAUUUA